GUUGGAAUUUGCCCUUGACGGAUACCAAAAUGAUGAGUGACGCAAGUGACAUGUUGGCAGCGGCGUUGGAGCAGAUGGAUGGGAUUAUAGCAGGUUCUAAGGCCCUGGAAUAUUCCAAUGGGAUUUUUGAUUGCCAGUCUCCCACCUCCCCAUUCAUGGGAAGCCUUCGAGCUCUGCACCUUGUGGAAGACCUGCGUGGCUUGUUGGAGAUGAUGGACACAGAUGAAAAGGAAGGUUUGAGAUGCCAGAUCCCAGAUUCAACAGCAGAAACGCUUGUUGAAUGGCUUCAGAGUCAAAUGACAAACGGACACCUGCCCGGGAAUGGAGAGGUGUAUCAAGAAAGGCUGGCACGUUUAGAAAAUGAUAAAGAAUCUCUCGUUCUUCAGGUAAGUGUGUUAACAGACCAGGUAGAGGCUCAAGGAGAGAAGAUUCGAGAUUUGGAGUUUUGUCUUGAAGAGCACAGGGAAAAGCUGAAUGCCACAGAAGAAAUGCUGCAGCAGGAGCUUCUGAGUAGGACAUCCUUAGAAACUCAGAAGUUGGAUCUGAUGGCUGAAAUAUCUAACUUGAAGCUAAAACUAACAGCUGUAGAGAAGGACAGAUUGGAUUAUGAAGAUAGGUUCAGAGACACCGAGGGGCUAAUGCAAGAGAUCAAUGAUUUGAGGUUAAGAGUCAGUGAAAUGGACAAUGAAAGACUUCAGUAUGAAAAAAAGCUGAAAUCAACCAAAUCUUUAAUGGCCAAACUUUCUAGCAUGAAAAUCAAGGUGGGUCAGAUGCAGUAUGAAAAGCAGCGGAUGGAGCAAAAAUGGGAGUCACUGAAGGAUGAACUGGCAUCUUUAAAAGAAAAACUGGAGGAGAAGGAAUCUGAAGUAAAAAGGCUACAAGAAAAAUUGGUGUGCAAGAUGAAAGGAGAGGGGGUGGAAAUUCUUGAUCGAGAUAUUGAAGUGCAAAGAAUGAAAAAGGCUGUGGAGUCUUUGAUGGCAGCAAAUGAAGAAAAGGAUCGAAAAAUAGAAGAUCUUCGACAGUGCCUGAAUAGGUACAAGAAAAUGCAAGAUACGGUGGUACUGACCCAAGGCCAAGAUGGCGACUUUGAAGAUCUGCUCACUUCUGGUUCCAUCUCCACUUUGCUGGAUGCGCAGGGUUUUAGUGACCUGGAGAAAAGUCUAUCCCCUACACCAGUCAUGGGAUCUCCCAGUCGUGACCCAUUUAACACAAGUGUUCCGGAAGAGUUCCACACCAGCAUCUUGCAAGUUUCAAUCCCUUUAUCAUUGCCAGCAUCUAAGGGCUUGGAAGCUUCUGAAAAAGCAAAAUUGCCUCCUCAACCAGAGACUUCAUUUGAAGAAAGCGAUGGAAAAAUAAUCCUUGGUGCUGCUGUUGAAACCGAGCCUUGUGAUAGUCUUUCAACUUCAAGUCUGCACAAGUCCAGCAGCCUGGGCAAUCUGAAGAAAGAGUCAUCAGACGGGGAAAAGGAGUCUGUUCAGAAGCCUUCAGAGGAUAAAGCUCCAGUAGAAAGCAGCCUGUUUGGGAGCCUCCCUCCGAAAUCUCCAGGACAUGAUGCCUCCGUGGACGACAACCCUUUUGGCACUCGGAAAGCUAGAUCUUCCUUUGGGCGUGGCUUUUUUAAAAUAAAAAAUAACAAGAGGACUGCGAGUGCACCAAACUUGGCUGAAACAGAGAAGGAGACAGCUGAGCACCUAGAUCUGGCUGGUGUAUCUUCCCGGCCAAAAGAUUCACAGGGAAGCAGUCCCUUCCAGAUAUCUCCACCAUCGCCGGAUUCCAAAAAGAAAUCCAGAGGUAUCAUGAAACUCUUUGGAAAGCUUAGGAGAAGUCAGUCAACUACAUUCAACCCAGAUGACAUGUCUGAGCCCGAAUUCAAAAGAGGAGGGACAAGGGCAACUGCAGGACCGCGACUGGGUUGGUCUCGAGAUUUGGGACAGUCUAACAGUGACUUGGAUAUGCCAUUUGCCAAAUGGACCAAGGAGCAGGUUUGCAAUUGGCUUGUGGAACAAGGCUUGGGGUCCUACCUGAAUUCUGGCAAGCACUGGAUUGCAUCUGGCCAAACCCUUCUGCAGGCUUCUCAACAAGAUCUGGAGAAGGAACUUGGAAUUAAGCAUUCACUUCAUCGAAAGAAACUCCAGCUGGCACUGCAAGCCCUGGGGUCCGAAGAAGAAACCAACCAUGGAAAGCUGGAUUUCAACUGGGUCACUAGAUGGUUGGAUGAUAUUGGUCUCCCCCAGUACAAGACCCAGUUUGACGAAGGACGGGUAGAUGGUCGAAUGCUCCAUUACAUGACCGUUGAUGACUUACUGUCUUUGAAAGUCGUGAGUGUGCUACACCAUCUCAGUAUCAAAAGGGCUAUCCAGGUCCUGAGGAUCAAUAACUUUGAACCCAACUGUCUGCGGAGGCGGCCCUCUGACGAGAACAGCAUCACCCCAUCAGAAGUUCAGCAGUGGACCAACCAUCGGGUGAUGGAGUGGCUGCGCUCCGUGGACUUGGCAGAAUAUGCCCCCAAUCUCAGAGGCAGUGGUGUCCAUGGUGGACUCAUGGUUCUAGAACCUCGUUUUAAUGUAGAAACAAUGGCUCAGUUAUUGAACAUCCCACCAAGUAAGACCCUCUUGCGAAGACAUUUGGCUACUCACUUCAACCUUCUGAUCGGUGCUGAGGCCCAGCACCAAAAGCGUGAUGCCAUGGAGUUACCAGAUUAUGUACUUCUAACAGCCACUGCCAAAGUGAAGCCAAAGAAACUUACCUUCAGCAAUUUUGGGAAUCUGAGAAAGAAGAAACAGGAAGAUGGGGAAGAAUAUGUUUGUCCAAUGGAAUUGGGACAGGCAUCAGGAAGUGCCUCUAAGAAAGGAUUUCAACCUGGAUUGGACAUGCGCCUAUAUGACGAAGAUGAUUUGGACCGGUUAGAGCAGAUGGAGGAUUCAGAAGGGACGGUGAGACAGAUAGGGGCGUUCUCUGAAGGCAUCAACAAUCUAACACACAUGUUAAAGGAGGACGACAUGUUUCGAGAUUUUGCCGCCUGUUCCCCCAGCGCCAGCAUUACUGACGAGGACUCCAAUGUUUAAGCCGAGCACUUGGUUGAGCAUGAGGAGCCCCUUGUCUUUUCUCCACCUGAUUUCUCAAACAGCUCGCAGAAGAUCUAACAAGCAGCAGAUUGUAUACGGUUUAUCAUUCCACCUUCUCAGAAGUGGAAAC